UUUUGAACGUGCAGUACAGACGAGUUGAGUAACGCGGAAAAAUAUAUGAAUACUAGUAGUUUGCGUAAGACUAAUUACUUCAGAAAUGGCAUUGGUUGCAGAACACUUUUCCCCAAAGCUUGGGACUUCAAUAUUGGAUGAUGAAGAAUGUGAUGAUGACAUAAAACUUGACCACCGUAUACCAUUUAGUGAAAACAUGGAUCACAGUGAUAUAAAUGUCAGAACUUCUAAUGUAGAUUGUAAUCAACAAAGUUACAAAUUAUUUAAUAGUUUAAACAAAGAAAAUAAUGAAAAUGCAAACACAAUGUUGUCAUUGAAACCUAGACAUCUAGUUGAAAGAGAUGUUUAUGAUCAAAAUAACAACAGUCGACCAGUGACUCCAACAAAUUCAGGAAAUUCGUGUUCAGAAGAAGCGCCUUUGACUCCAACUGCUAAUUUGAAAAUGCUCUUCAGUGCCGUUAGUCCUGAGAUCAGAAAAAUGCAAAGUCAAAUAGCAGCAAGUCAGCAAGAAUGUAAAUCACAAGAUACCAAUGAUUAUGAUUUUGAACUUCUUUGUUCAUCGCAAGAGAGUGACAAUGGGAAAACAUCAACAAACUCAAGAAAAGAAAAAUCCCUUGGUCUACUUUGCCGGAAAUUUUUAAGCAAAUAUCCUCAAUUUCCAAAUCAAACUGAGAAAAUAGAGCUGUCUCUAGAUGAAGUUGCAAAAGACCUCCAUGUUGAACGUCGAAGGAUUUAUGACAUCGUUAAUGUUUUGGAGAGUGUAGAAAUUGUGAGCAGAGUUGCGAAGAAUAGAUAUGCUUGGCAUGGUAAAACCAAUCUGGUGACAACUUUAGCAAAACUGAAGGUAUUAGCUCAGAAAGAAGGAUUUGCAGAACAAAUAGAAAAAAUAAAAGAGCAGGAACUGAACCGCGAAUUGGACAUGUCAGAUAGUGGGUCACGGUGUUCAGAUGAACUAGUGGACAAAGUCUCUUUUAUGCGGAAAGACAGAUCUUUAGGAAUCAUGAGUCAGAAGUUUCUAAUGCUUUUUCUGGUUUCUAAGCCCAAAACUGUAAAUCUUGAUCUGUCUGCCAAGCUGCUGAUUGGUGACCCAAAUAUUGACAGAACUGAGAGUUCCAAAUUUAAAACUAAAAUUCGACGUUUGUAUGAUAUUGCCAACAUUCUUACAAGUCUGGAGCUGAUUUGUAAAAUCCACGUGACAGAAAUUCGGGGUCGGAAACCUGCAUUUAAAUACAUUGGUCCAGAUGUGGAUGACGUGCACCUUCAAGAUCUAACUUACUGUUGUAGUGAUGGAUGUCACAGACCCAGUUCAAGGCAUUCUCUAUUAGACUGUGUGAAAAAUUCUGACAACAUGACCUCCUUGCUGUCAUCUUUCCGUCCAAUUCAACCUGCUCUAAAGCAAAAGUUAGCUGCAUUGAUACCAAAUAAAACACAGAAAAAACAUAAACAAGACACUACUUUUACUCACAAAUUUUCUCGUCAUGCAUCUUUUGAACAAAUUUGUCAAGUGGCCGAGAGUGAGAGAUCAAAGCUCUAUGGAUGCUCAUCAGAACCAUCCAGUCCAGUACAAAAACUCAAUUUUGAUGAUAUGAUGGAAGAUGAUGUGCCUGAAAUUCAGGAAAAGGAGUCUUCAUCAGUUCCCAAGGUGACAAGGUUGAAUGCAGCAUGGAAACCAUAUCUGAUAAUGGGCCAAAAUUCUCAGUUGACUCUGAUCCAUGAGAAUGAGGGGAAUCCAUAUGUCGUACAUAAAUUGCCGGUACACAUAAUCCAGAAAACACCUGAUGGAAUAAAGCAUAAAACGGACACACUGGUGGUUAAAUCAACAGCUGGUGGCAAUAAUACUACCAAUGGAAAACAACCAACCAUGAUCCCGUUGACCAAAAAGCAAAUUGAUGCUGUAUUAAAAUCUUUGCAGAACCCAGUUUUAGCCAAAAAAGACAACUUAGUUGACGCAGCAACACAAUCUUCUCCCGAAGUGCUGAUGCCUAGGUCACAAAAUACCAUAGAUGAAGAAGGGAGAGCAGCAUCGCCUGAAUGUACUCUGGCUGCAGCCAAUGAAACUACUCCUCAACCGACUGUUCUUGAUCAAAUCCGGGAAAUGAAGAGAUUCAACAGGUGCUACACGGAACAAGGUGUGGUGCCAGAAAAGAAAAUUAGAGUUGAUAUACCAACACCACCAUCUUCAUCUGAACGAGAAUCAUCUGAGGAAAGUUUCCUUGCAACUCCAGAUAGUGAAAGCAUGCAGAUAAAUACUGCCAAUGGCAUUAGGCAAAAACCCACUGGAAUCAAAGGCUUGAGAGUUCUACAUUUUACUACUGAAGUUUCUAAUGUGUCGGGCAAUGUUUCAUCUAACGACACACCAGUGGACCCAUUAAAAAAAGUCAUAGAAUCGGAAUUUGAUUUAACAACUCCCCUUAUGACCACUUUCAUGGAAUCUACCAAAGAGGAUGUAACUUCUCACAUAGCAAAACAGCCGGUAUUGCAAAAAGUGUCUGUCCAGUUGCCAAACAAAGCAACAUCAGUUUACCGUGUGUUGAUGCCUGGUGCUCAGGACAAAUCCACUACCAAGGUUAUUUUUUCGUCCAUUCAGCAAAACCCACACCAGGGUUCAACAGCACAGACCCAGCAUGUUAUUCAGAGAAUGCCACUGACGCCCAAUGGAAAGCUAUUCAAUGUGAUGAUGCCAGUAGCAUUCAGCCCACCUCUAACACCAAAAGAAUUGCAAUCAAGUCCAACCAUCUUUUCAUUUCCAUCUUCAACCACAUCUCUAUCAUCUGAUCUUCAACAAUCACAGAGCAAAGUCAGUCCAACAAGUUUGGCAUCCAUGUCGCCCAUCAUGAUAAAUGCAUCAGAACUUGUGUCGCCAUCACUGCUUAAAUCACAGUCACACCUUCAGCUGACCAUUCCCAUGGAGCAACCAAUAGCUUCAUAUUCGAGUUCUAUGAUCUCAUGUGUAUCAACAAUUCCAAGCAACAAUUUAGUGUAUUCCAAAGUAACUCAGAAUCCUAAGAAUGCCAUUAGAAAGUUGUCUAUGGUUGAUGCAAAUGUUUUAUAAUAGUUUAGCUGUACAAUGUGUACAUUUUAUAACAUUUUGGUUUUGAAUUUUAGUUUGGAUUUGACAAAAUUACUUUACCAGCCCUUUAGUUACAUAUUUUUUAGACUUAUGUAGUCAGUUUAUAUCGGUGCUUGUAAAAAUUGAAAGUUGUAUAUAGAAUUAUAAUAUAUGGUAUGCUAUAAGCACAUGCUGUAAAGGUUGCAGUGUGUGAUUUAUUGACAUAAUACUAAAAGUCAUUGUUAUGAAUACUAGGUAUUCAUGUAUUAGUUGUCACUUGAAACCAGUCUACAUGGCCAAAGUAUUUUGGGCUUGAAUAAUAUGGUGCUUUAUUGAAAAAAGGCACACACUUGUCUUUAAUUCAGGUUGAUGUAUUUUAUACAUUUAUUUAUUCAUUUGAUGUUUGUUUUGAAUGGGGUUAGUUUUGUUUUAAGUUAUUUUAAAAACUGGGUUAAUAUUUUAUUUUGUUAGUUGUUCAUUUUGUGUUUUGUUUUUAAUAAUUUCUGCAUGAUCUCACCUAAGUUGCCAACUAAUACUUCGGUAAAUUUGAAUGAAGAUACCUGGCUCAUUCUGUAAAAGUUAUUGGCAUAUUAACCCCUUAAGGAUGAAAUUAGUUGGCAAAUAUUGCUCAAUAAUAGUUCAUAGCAGGGUGUAUACUAAGUCUUUUACUAAAUAGUAGUAAUAAUCAAAUAUGUGACCUAAAGAGGGAGAUAGAGUUUAAAAACACUAAUGGGGUUGGAGCAGGAUAUUCCUAUUUACAAAAUAGACUUAACUGCAACAUUUGACAAAUUGUUUUCACUAACUGUCGGGCAUGACAAUAGUAGUUAUUUACUAGCCCAACAUUGAAUAUCACUAGCCAUGGGAGUGGGGCUACCAUAAUCUAGAAUCCCUAAUACAUUUUAUCUUUGCACAUUCCCACAUGAAUGUAUAUAGGAUGGGGAAAAUUUUGUUUUUAAAAUCUUCAUUAGCAAUAUAUCUAGUCAAUUGAAAAUUGAUUAGCAAGUACUGUUUAAUGUUUUCAUAUUAUCUCUGAAAGUUGCGUAGCGAUUUCGCGACGUAAUACUGAACAAAAUGUUCCCUGCAGAAGGUCACAGAAAAUACAAUCAGGAGAAACCACAGUAUUAGAUCUAUUCUUAAAAUUACCAUACCAGUGAAUACUUGAAUAAUGGCACUGUGUUGUACACCACUGUUUUACAGUAUUCUAUUUAUUUUCAUUGACUUGUUAUUCAUUGCACAUAGUAUUACCAUACUAUCUCAUAAUGUGACUUACAUUGCUGUCUUAGUUAAGAAAAUGCUAGAAAGUGAAAAGCAGUUCUAGAAAUUAAACUUCAUAACAACUUCUUAACACCACUGCAGAAGACAUGAAAGAAAUGUGGAUAAGUUUAAGAUUAAUAUUAUCAUUAUGGGAAAUGAGGAAUACUAUAUAUAUAUAUAUAUAUAUAUUAUAUAUAUAUAUAUAUAUAAAGAUGAAAACAAAAAUGGAUUGUGAAGUUGAUCAUCACAAAGCAUGUUGUGCAUUUUGAUGCCUGUCAAUUUCCAGUCUAAAGUUAUGCUGUUAUUAUGCUGUUAUUUUGAUGGAUUACACCGAUAGAAAUAAGCAGAAUUUGUGACUAGUCCAUCAGACAAAUUGCAUCUAGAAAUAUGCUUAUUCGCCAAUAUUUUCCAGGGCUUGAAACGGCCUGUGGCCAGGUUGCCAAAUGUGACCAAUGUCCUGUUUGGGUGACUUAUUAUUAAAAUAUAAUGGCGUUAGUUGCCCAAAUAAUAAUAUUAUUUGAGCGAUCUACUUUAGAUCUAUAACAUAUGAGCCACUAUUAAUAUUUGUAUUGCAUCUAUUUAUUCCACAUUAAAAUCUUGCUUGUGAUUUGUGGUUUGCUUACUAUAAUUUGCCAACAUCCAUUAUUUUUGGGGCCACCAUAUUUUUUGGCAAGUUUCGAGCCCUGAUUUUGACUGGUCCAAAUAAAUGGUUUGUUUUAUUCAUUUGCAAGGACGUUUUUAAUUUUAAUUUUUUUUAAUUUUUUUGAUUGCUUGAAAGAAAACUGCACUGAAGAUUUUCACUUGUCCAUUAGAUAACCCUGAUACGAUUUUCACUUGUCAGGACAAAUGAACAAGUGCUUAUUUCAAAUGCUGGAUUAUUUUCAUAAUGGUUUCUGUUUUCCAAACAAGUGUAAAUGAUUAUUCCAAUUCUACAAGUUUUUUUUUUUUUUACAUUAUUAAAACUUUACCAUAGCAAACUGGAAACAUAUAAUUGGGAUAUUGUAGAUAUGUACUCUAUUCAUAAUUUGUAAUUGGGAUAUCGGGGAUCGAACUUAACCACGGCAUCGACAGCAAUUGCUGUCAUUAGAUAUAAAUUUCCGUAUUUCAGGAGUAUCACUGAGAGCACUUUUGUGUCGUCUGUAAAGCUCCUCAACAGUGGCCAAAUAUUGCACUUUGUGUACAUUAUCUGCAGGUAUAUAACAUUUGAAAUAUCACUUUUUAAAAAAACAAUUGCUAUUACGGUGUUUCACCCAGAACUAUUUUUUUUAUUAUUAUUGCUGUGAGAGAAAUUCUUAAGUUCGAACCCUGGAAUAUUGUUAAUUCUUACUCUGUUGGGAUAAUUGGGAUAUUGUUGAUAUGUAAUCCACAAGUCACUGGCAGGAAUUGUUUUGUUUAGGUUUUUUUUAAAUAAAAUAAAUACUUGAGACAUUUGUUUGGAAUAAAUACUCAUGAUGUAUAUGAUUGUGCAUAAUUUGAAGUUUAUUUUAAAAAACUGAUUCAUUGUAGAAACUAUAUUCUGUAAUGUAGGGCACAUUAUUUCACAUGCAUCUUAGGUCUUGUUUCCAAAUUUCAACACUCGAUUUGUUUAACAUAUAUUUGGAAUGGAAAGUCUAUGUAAUACUGAGUAGUAUUUGCUGGUUAUGCAAAUAUAUAUUGUGUAAUGAAACAAUCACUUACCUAGGUGAAACCCACACAAAACCAACUUUCAGUUAUAUAAGAUUUUGAAAUAUUGUCCCUUGUAAUAUACAUGUAAUUGUGUAUUAGAAGAUUUGUUAAUUUACUUAGUUGCGUCCAUGUUAAGUGAACUAGUGAAAUGAUAGCAUGUAUAUAUAUAUACAUAUACCUGUAGUAUAUUUAACCAUUUAAAUUAGUCAUUUUGUAACUUAAUGCUUGAGAUUAGUGUUAGAGUACCGGUUAGUUAUUUAUCUUCCUAAGUCUGGCUAGAAAAGGUUGGGAGAUUGGAGCUCAAUGGGAUGAAUAAUUCAUAUCGAGUGUAUGUUGUAUUAGCACCUUCCAGUUGUUGGAAUCUUUAAUAUGUCUUAUCAUUUUCUGUGAAGUUCAUCAGUAACAGAAAUGGUUUUGACUAUUUCAGAAAAAGUUUUUUUUAAGAAUUUUAUAAUCAAAAUCAUGUUUGUAAGUUGAUAUAUACUUCAGUAUAGACCACAUUUUAUGUUUACAUUUUAGUUUGUUAAUAUAUAUAUGUUCUUGUUAGACAUCAUUUUAAAGCUUGAAAUCUUGAAUUUAUUUUUGUUGGGAAUUUUGGAGACAAAUAUGCCCAUGUACUUUGUUUACCUGCAUUUUUGUUGAAAUAUGUUCUACAAACAAUUAUUUCAAAAUGGAGAUUAAUCUGGUUAAAUUUAUAAGUUUACUUAUUUUUGGUAUUCAAAGCAGAAUCAGUUAAUUUAUUAUUUUAGAAAGCAUUAUUAAUUUCUGGUAAUUGAAUUUUUUUAUGCAUAUUCCCUCCCCCCGACCCCCAAAAAACAAAGAAAAAAAGUUCAAAUACAAUCCCACAAUAAUAUUAUAAACAAGCAAUAUCAUUAAAUGGAAAUAUUAAACCCAUGUUACAUAUGAUGUGACAUUUUUAAAUUCCAGAAAUGAUCACAUGUGUAUUUUUAUUUUUACUGGUGGUGGGUGCUUGACAAAAAAAUACCUUCUGCUGUCUCCAUGUUGUCAUGUUUGGAAUUCUUAUAUUGGUGUUUGUGGUGCUUGUUGAGGUAUUUUUAUUCUUUUUACUAAGCCAACAGGUAACCCCACCAUGCCACAGGUCUAUUGAUGCCCUAUGACUGAAAUAUUUUUACUGCCUGUAUUUAAAACAAUGUAACGUCAAUUUUUUAUGCAUAAUGGCAUGUCUCAACAUGUACAUGUGCAUUGGUGUCUAAAAUGUACCCCUUUUUCUUUUUCUAAAUACUUGUUAUUUCAGCAUAGAUAUCAUAAUAGCAGCAUAAAUAUCAAAAUUAAAAAGCAGCCUUUACUAUGUAGUUAUAUGGUGAAGAUUUUAUUUUUUGUACACCAGAAAUUGCAUACGUGGUACAAUUGUAAUUUUAAUUUGAUAUACUGUAUGUAUUAACCAUGUGAAGAAGGCAGCCAAAAGAAUUCUGGUUAUGUUGCUAAAGUGUGUGCUAAAAUAUCAGCUGAGUGCAUUUGUUUAUUUAUGUGUGGAUGUCCACUGUGAUAAUUCUACUUGUUAACCUCUACUGUGUGUUGUCCUUUGUGGAAGCGGUCAUUCCAUAAUUGUACAUAAAAAAAUUGUAUAAAAUAAACACUACUCUAGA